AUAUAGUAAUAUAUAUAUUAUAUACAUGCCAAAAGCUAAUAAGCUAUCAGUUUGAAAACAGUCGAAACACUGUUUGAUUUAGAAUUAUAUCUAGUGUUUUGAUUUUCGACUUUCAAGUUAUACAUUUACGUAUAUUAAUCGUAAAAACUAAGCUAUUCGUACAAUUAUACUUGUCAAACAUUUUUUAAACUGCCGGCAUUUCGUCCGAAUAUUGUAUACCGUUCUUACGACCCGGGAAUCGGUUGAGCUAACGAUAUCAACGUCUCGGCCAACAAAAACAUUGUUGUGUUUCGUGAAAAUAGUUAGCAAGCGUCAAAGGCUCUAAAAUGAAGAAAAAGGUGUUGUUGAUGGGCAAGAGCGGUUCCGGGAAAACAAGCAUGAGAUCAAUAAUUUUUGCCAACUACAUAGCCAAAGACACUAGUCGCUUGGGUGCGACUAUUGAUGUUGAACAUUCCCAUGUUAGAUUUCUUGGGAACCUAGUUCUUAACUUAUGGGAUUGCGGAGGACAAGAAGCAUUUAUGGAAAACUAUUUUGUCAGUCAACGAGAGAACAUUUUUCGUAAUGUAGAAGUACUCAUUUAUGUAUUUGAUGUGGAGAGUCGAGAUGAGGAGCUGAAAAGAGAUUUAAGGUACUAUGAGACUUGCCUUAGUGCAAUUUAUGAAAAUUCCCCGUCUGCUAAGGUAUUUUGUCUAAUACAUAAAAUGGACUUACUGCAAGAAGAUCAACGAGACAAGAUAUUUUCAGACCGUGAAAAUGAAAUAAUAAACAUGUCCAAACCAGUUGAUUGUUCUUGCUUCAAGACAUCAAUUUGGGAUGAAACAUUAUAUAGAGCUUGGUCUUCAAUUGUAUAUAAAUUGAUACCUAAUGUGAAAGAACUUGAGCAAAGUUUGACAUUGUUUGCUGAUCUAAUGGAUGGUGAUGAAGUAUUAUUGUUUGAAAGGGCAACUUUCCUUGUUAUUUCUCAUUGUCAACGAAAUCUACAACGUGAUAUUCAUCGAUUUGAAAAAGUUUCUAACAUCAUAAAACAAUUUAAACUUAGUUGUAGCAAAGUAGCAGCUCAAUUCCAAAGCAUGGAAGUAAGAAAUUCUAAUUUUGCAGCUUUCAUUGAUGUAUUUACUACAAAUACAUAUAUUAUGGUUAUCAUGUCUGAUCCACAUAUUCCUUCAGCUGCCACUUUAUUAAACAUAAAAAAUGCUCGUAAACAUUUUGAAAAAUUAGAACGUUCAAGCCAAUCUCAACAGAACAAUAAAUAGUUUCAAUUGAAUAAGCAUAAUUAGAAGACAAAGAAGUCUUAGUUUGACAAGAAUAUCAAUUUGUGAAUAUUUAGUGUAGUAUUUGUGUACUAUUGUACACAUAUAAUAAAAUUACUAUUUGAUAAGUUAUAUUAUUAUAUUUUGUUUGAA